GGGCUCGCCGCGGACACCGCCAUUUUGGUGGAAGAGAAACAAUAGGACGGAACACGGUGCGAUCGGGCGGUGGCUGCAGGACCUGGACUGGCAAGCUGAGGAGUGGAGCGAACACGGCCACAGACAGACGGAGGACGCGCUGGCCACUGGACCCCGCUCCCUCCCCUUUCUCCCUGCCUCCUGUGCUAGAGGAUGAGCCCAGCCUUUAGGGCUAUGGACGUGGAGCCCCAUGCCCAGGGCAUCCUGCUGGAGCCCUUUGUCCACCAAGUUGGGGGUCAUUCGUGUGUCCUCCAUUUCAACGAGACAACUCUUUGCAAGCCUUUAGUCCCAAGGGAGCAUCAGUUCUACGAGACUUUACCAGCUGAGAUGCGAAAAUUCACUCCUCAGUACAAAGCUGUUUUGAUAUUUGUUAGGUUUGCAGAUGAGUUUGGGGCCUCUGGCAACCUAGAGACUAAGGAACAGGGUGUCGUAUCUGUGCGGUUUGAAGAAGAUGAAGACAGGAACUUGUGUUUAGUAGCGUAUCCAUUAAAAGGGGACCAUGGAACUGUGGACAUUGUAGACAAUUCUGACUGUGAACCAAAAAGUAAGCUGCUAAGGUGGACAAAUAAAAAACAUCAUGUCCUAGAAACGGAAAAAAACUCCAAGGACUGGGUGCGUCAGCACCGGAAAGAGGAGAAGAUGAAGAGCCAUAAGUUGGAAGAAGAAUUUGAGUGGCUAAAGAAAUCUGAAAUCUUAUACUACAGUGUAGAAAAAAAGGGAAAUGUAAGUUCCCAGCUUAAACACUAUAACCCUUGGAGCAUGAAAUGUCACCAGCAGCAGUUGCAGAGAAUGAAGGACAAUGCCAAGCAUCGGAACCAGUACAAAUUCAUCCUACUCGAGAACCUGACUUCCCGCUACGAAGUUCCCUGUGUCCUGGACCUCAAGAUGGGGACGCGCCAGCAUGGUGAUGAUGCUUCAGAAGAGAAGGCAGCCAACCAGAUCCGAAAAUGUCAGCAGAGCACAUCUGCAGUCAUUGGCGUGCGUGUGUGUGGCAUGCAGGUGUACCAGGCGGGCACUGGGCAGCUCAUGUUCAUGAACAAGUACCACGGACGGAAGCUGUCGGUGCAGGGCUUCAAGGAGGCGCUCUUCCAGUUCUUCCAUAAUGGGCGGUACCUGCGCCGGGAGCUGCUGAGUCCAGUGCUCAAGAAGCUAGCUGAGCUCAAGGCAGUGCUAGAGCGGCAGGAGUCCUAUCGCUUCUACUCGAGCUCCCUGCUGGUGAUCUAUGAUGGCAAAGAGUGGCCUGAGGUGGCUCUGGACUCAGAUGCUGAGGACUUGGAGGACCUGUCAGAGGAGUCGGCCGAUGAGUCUGCAGGUGCCUACGCCUACAAGCCUCUUGGCGCCAGCUCUGUUGAUGUGCGCAUGAUCGACUUUGCUCAUACCACCUGCAGGCUGUAUGGAGAGGACAGUGUGGUGCAUGAGGGCCAGGAUGCUGGCUAUAUCUUUGGGCUCCAGAACCUGAUAGACAUUGUCACAGAGAUCAGUGAGGAGAGUGGGGAGUGAGCUUGUUAGCUGCUCCAGGAUGAGAGAUACCGUGUCCCAGGCACAGCUGUGCUGCGUCUGGGAAGUUAGGAUGGCCAGGUGGUGGCCCCUGCAGCCUGGAGCUGAUGCGUAGUGGCCUCUGUGAGCCCCAGUCUGAGACAGCCCUAUUCGUGCUCAGAAUCUAUUUAUUUUAACUAUUUCUUCAACAUUCCAAAUUUGAUGAUGCAGAUACCUCUUUCUUCCCUGAGUGUAAAUGUUCUAAUACAGAUUUUUGUUUAUUGUA